AUGUCGUCAAAGAGAGGAGCGGUAGCCAUGACUUCUUCUGUUGGUUCUGUUGUUGACCCUACGGCCUCCGAGGUCAUCGAUGCCUGUGACGGCAGCAUGGGGGCGCGGCCUGUGGACGGUGAGUGCUGCGAGGAUGCAAAGUUGGAGACGAAGGUAAUACCAAGUCUGCCUACCUUAGCAGAGCUGCCCGAUUACACGCCAGAUGAAUGGACAGAAGAAACGUCUUCAGCUAUGCCGCGAAGUGAUACGAAAGCGAGGCCGAUCCGACCGGGAAGAAAAUACAAACCUGCUUCUGUUCAGCCGUUCGGAAAUGGACACCAUGAACAGAUUCAUCACCAGACGGGCGUUGGCGUCGGGAACAAGACAGCGUCGCCAUCGUCGUCUCCGUCAUCGUCUCCGAGAAAUUGGCAGUCGUCGCUUCGAAAUGGACCCAAUGACAGUACGACGCCUUGGAAGAGCAGUCUGGCAAGUCCAAGGAUACAGUCGACGCCGCGGAGUCCUCGACUCCCACGCAGAUUGCCGUCUAUCACUCGAUCGGACUCACAAGAAAGUGCCACAAAUUUUGACGUUGAUGUCGGGGAUUUUUCAAACAAAAAAGAAAAUGCAUCGGGACUAAAGGACGAAUCUUUAGAUAAUGCUGAUGCUUUCUCGGCUAACCCAAUAUCUCCUCGUCCACUCCCGACCUCAUCAAUUUUCUUCCAGAAAAUAAUGACGGAUUUUCAUGAUCGACCGAGCUCAUCCCUCGAUACAAGUGGCCCUGGCGACCUCAUGGUGAGGCGGUCUUCGUUAGUUCGGACAACGCUGUCUCCGCCGCUCUUACAGAUAAAGGAAGUACCCGACGAUGAGCUUUCAGGAAUGAGCGAUCUGGGGUUGGACAUCGAAUUAGCCCCACCUCCUGGAAGCGUGGAUGACCACGAUGAGAAAACACAGGUUGGUGAGUCGACGUCGCAUUCGUUUGGAAAUAAUAAAGAACAAAAUAACUGUACGAAUAAAGAUAUGUCUCUACCAGUGUGUAAAAUAAAUCCAGACAAGUUGGGUAAAAAUCACGUCAAAACGACGUCUCCACGACGCCCGCUAAGGUUUUCGAUGGAUAGCAGACUUUCAACAUGCCCGAUUAAUGGCGAUGAUGCCAGCAACCGCUCUCAGUCAGUGUGUAAAGUAAAUGAAGACAGUGAAAAUAACAAUCACAUCAAGACGACGUCGCCGCGACGUCCAAUCAGAUUGUCGCUCGACAGCAGUCUUUCGACAUGUGUUAUCAAUGGUGACGACGCAACUGAGAAAGGUAUAGUCAUUAGCGUCCCUACCGCAGAUAGCCUGCAGUCGACCGCGUCGCCCCGAUUGAGGAGGCGGUCACGUUUACGCUCUCGAGAGGCUACGACGUCGAUAAGCGGAGACAGCUGUACGGGCUCAUCCGAGAUGUCGUCGUCGCCGGACCGGUCGUCGAAUCCGAGGCGGAAGAUAAGUGAGCAGCACAACAAGCAUCGACAGACAUGUCCCAUCAAUCCCGUUCGGAACCAGCACAAUCAUAUUGACAUGAAAACAGCGGGAAACAUCAUCAAAUUCAUCACUGCUGCAUCAGCUUCGUCCAAAGCCCCGGGUCUCAACCGCAACCAGCAGCUCCUCCCGUCCGACGUUCGCCUUCCCGUUGUCGACCCCAGCGGCCGUCUUCUCCAUCGGAACCGUGACGAGUCAAUGCGGCUGGUGAAACAAGCCGUCGAUCUCAAUGUAGAGAGCGAUGAGAAAUCGGACGUUUACAGUUGGGACGAGCUUCGUGAUUGCCGCUACCUGAGGACGAAGAAAAAUUCGCGGGAAUCGAGACGGAACAGUCUGCUCGGGUUCAAUGAAAUAUGAAUCAUUUAAAAAUAGUUAUAGUUAUCUAAGAGAACACUUCUGCGAGAUAAUUUGUCACGUAAUUUGUAAAAAAAAUCGGCAUUACUCCGCAUGCUCGAUCUAUAAUGCAAAUCACAAAUCAGAAAAAAAUAGAACCAGUAGUAUUUGAACCUGCCAUCUAAUGCUUUCCGGGCAGCGAAUCAACCACCAGGUUAUUCUGGUUCACGGCUAAAUCAAAAUUCCGAAAAUUUGUUUACAAAUCAUAAUUUCCUCAUACUAAAGUCUCUUUAUUUACUAAUUUUUCACUUGUUUUUUUUUGUAUGUCAGGCAUGCA